AUGGGGAAACGCCGCCGCCUGGAGACCAAUGGCUAUGGAGAAACUAACCAAAUCCCGACCGGCGAAGAAGAGGUCGACCGGAUAUCGGAGUUACCCGACGACGUCAUCCAUAAGAUCCUCACUCGCGUAGAACCCUCAAAAAAAGCAGCGAAAACCAGCGUCCUGUCUCAAAGAUGGGCCAAUCUCUGGCGAUCUUACCCGGUCCUGGAAUUCCACGAUACCCAGUUCGCAACGAAGAAAUCGGCGAAGAGAUUCGCCGCCGCCGCCAAAAAAAAGUUCGGCUGCAGUAGCAGCGACGAUACCCUGAUCACCACCGCCAUACAAGCUGUCUGA